CGCCCAUUCCAUUCUUCUGCGCUUCAGCUGCAACAACACUCAACGACUCGUGAACACAGAGAAAAACACAGACGGACGAGCGAGAGAGAACUUAGAUCUGCUUCAAAAUUUGGUCAUCUGGUUCCAACCAAAAUACCCUAGGCGUUCAAGCCAUGGAUGGCGUGUGGAAAAAACGCGGUUCUUUGAUCGUCUUAGGAAUUGUUCUGUUCGGAUGCCUGUCAGCCUUUGCUAUAGCAAAAGAAGAAGCUACCAAAUUAGGAACAGUCAUUGGGAUAGACCUUGGUACAACCUACUCUUGUGUUGGUGUCUACAAGAAUGGUCAUGUGGAAAUCAUAGCCAAUGACCAAGGAAACCGUAUCACUCCAUCUUGGGUUGCGUUCACUGACAGUGAGAGAUUGAUCGGUGAGGCAGCAAAGAAUCAGGCGGCUGUGAAUGCCGAGAGGACCAUCUUUGACGUCAAAAGACUCAUUGGAAGAAAGUUUGAAGACAAAGAGGUUCAGAAGGACAUGAAGCUUGUUCCAUAUAAGAUUGUGAACAAGGAUGGGAAACCUUACAUACAAGUCAAGAUCAAGGAUGGGGAAACGAAGGUCUUCAGUCCUGAGGAGAUCAGUGCUAUGGUUCUURUUAAAAUGAAGGAGACAGCUGAAGCAUUCCUUGGAAAGAAGAUCAAGGAUGCAGUUGUUACCGUUCCGGCAUACUUCAAUGAUGCCCAAAGGCAGGCUACAAAGGAUGCUGGUAUUAUUGCUGGACUCAAUGUUGCMAGAAUAAUCAACGAACCAACCGCGGCAGCCAUUGCCUAUGGCUUGGACAAGAAGGGUGGAGAGAAGAACAUCCUUGUGUUUGACCUUGGUGGUGGGACAUUUGAUGUCAGUAUUUUGACAAUUGACAAUGGUGUCUUUGAGGUUCUCGCCACAAAUGGAGACACUCACCUUGGAGGUGAGGAUUUUGACCAGAGAAUUAUGGAAUAUUUCAUCAAAUUGAUCAAGAAGAAGCAUAACAAAGACAUCAGCAAAGACAACAGGGCUCUUGGGAAGCUGAGGAGGGAGUGUGAACGUGCCAAGAGAGCUUUGAGUAGUCAGCACCAGGUCCGAGUGGAGAUUGAAUCUCUCUAUGAAGGCUUGGAUUUCUCAGAACCCUUGACCCGAGCUCGGUUUGAAGAACUGAACAAUGAUCUCUUCAGAAAGACCAUGGGCCCUGUGAAGAAGGCAAUGGAAGAUGCUGGAUUGGAGAAGCACCAAAUUGAUGAAAUUGUUCUUGUUGGUGGUAGUACCAGGAUUCCUAAGGUCCAGCAGCUUCUAAAGGAUUACUUCGAUGGUAAGGAGCCUAAYAAGGGUGUGAACCCAGAUGAAGCUGUUGCCUAUGGUGCUGCCGUACAGGGAAGCAUCUUGAGUGGAGAGGGUGGUGACGAGACUAAAGAUAUUCUUCUCUUGGAUGUUGCUCCUCUUACUCUUGGUAUUGAAACUGUGGGUGGAGUGAUGACAAAGUUAAUUCCCAGGAACACUGUUAUCCCAACUAAGAAAUCUCAAGUUUUCACUACAUAUCAGGAUCAACAGACCACGGUCUCUAUUCAGGUUUUUGAAGGUGAAAGGAGUCUUACCAAGGACUGCAGAAUGCUAGGGAAGUUUGAUUUAUCUGGCAUUCCUCCUGCACCAAGGGGUACUCCUCAGAUUGAAGUUACAUUUGAGGUUGAUGCCAAUGGUAUCYUAAACGUCAAGGCUGAAGACAAGGGAACAGGCCGCUCUGAGAAGAUUACCAUCACCAAUGACAAGGGUAGGCUGAGCCAGGAAGAGAUUGAACGGAUGGUCCGAGAGGCAGAGGAAUUCGCGGAGGAAGACAAGAAGGUGAAGGAGAAGAUUGAUGCCCGUAACAGCUUGGAGACUUACAUAUAUAACUUGAAGAACCAGAUCAGCGACAAGGACAAGCUCGCUGACAAGCUGGAGUCCGAGGAGAAGGACAAGAUCGAGACAGCAGUGAAGGAGGCCCUUGAGUGGCUGGAUGACAAUCAGAGCGCCGAGAAGGAGGAUUAUGAUGAAAAGCUUAAAGAGGUGGAGGCUGUGUGCAACCCAAUCAUCGCGGCUGUCUACCAGAGAACUGGUGGAGCCCCUGGUGGUGCAUCAGAUGGAGGGGAUGAUGACUCACAUGAUGAGCUUUAAAAAUAAUUUGAUUUUGUUUGACUUGCAUGGAUUCUGAGAUAGUUCACUGUAGAAAGCCUGGUAAUUUUACUUUUUUUUUUUUCUUUUGUGGGUUAAAAAGGGAAAAGAAAACUGUUAAUUGGAGAGUUACUGUAAGUUUCAAAUGGUUGAGGGCGGGAAUAGGGAAGAAAGAUCAUAAAGAGGGGAAACAAACACACUGGACUCCCCUGUGAUUGGUUGUAUUCUCCUUGGAAUUUUUGUAAUUUUGUGCCAGGUUUUGUCUUUUAAUUUUUGCAUUUUUCGGUAUAUGCUAAAACGAUUCGUAAUUUUAAGUGUUA